AAUCCUCAAUUGUUAUCAGUGUGUGGUUAGAACUACUUGCUUGCAAAUAAAUAUUUCUCAAGUUUUCCAUGAAUGGCAGCAUUACCAUCCUGCAGAUAUCUGAAUCUGCUUGGGCUCUUUGCUAAUAAAAUAGGAAUUUUGGGGUGCUGGAUAUUGGUCCCGUUUGUUGCAGCUUAAUUAAAGAAAUUAUAGUUUAUAGUUUUUUAGAUUAUAGUUUCUAAAACUUAGAAUAAGUUGUGAACCUGUUUGCUGUAACUUCUUAGAAGUUAUAGUUAAUUAGUUGUGGUGUUUGAUACCAUAAGUUGUAAAAUAAUUUAUUUUUGUAUAAUUGUCCAUAAUACCCUUAGUAGUUAUAGAAUGAUAAUUUAAAAAUUAAUUAGUGUAUAUGUAUAAGUUUCAAGUGUCAUAAAAAAAUUAAUUAGAGUAUAGAGAGAAAGGAAGAUGGCUAGAGAGAAGAAGAGAUUUGAAAAUGGAGAUGACGGUGGAGAAAAAAAACUCAUGAUUGUAUAGACAAAAGAGUAAUUCUUUGUUAAAAAUAAGGGUAAAAUUGUCACAAAAAUAUAAUCAUUUAAGCAGAAGUCGUAAAAGUUGGGGUACCACAAUUUUGAAAAAGCCAGCUUCUACCCCUUCUAAAAGCUAGUAAAAGCUAUAAGUUAGAAUUAUAUAAGCUAAAACAAACACUACAUCCCAACUUUUUUGAAGAUAGAAGCUAAAAGUUACAACUUUUAAGUUACAACAAACAGACCUAUUAUAUUAUAUCAUUGAUUGGUCUGUCAAGUUAAUAACAAUUGCUUUUGUCUCCAGCGUGAACAUUUGGUGAAAUAUGAAGGAAAGUGGCUUAAAUGACCAUUUCUUGGGUUUUCGCAAGAUGAAAAUUGGUAACUUUUGUUAUUUUAAUUUUUUUAUACCGAAUCAUUGUUGGUACUUGGCAUGCAUUGAUAUUUUUAAAAACUGUUUAAAGUCAUUUUAAUAGUUCAUUUGUAUUUAUUAGGGUAAGAUCAACUCAUAUCACAUCAUUUUGGACUAAUUUUCUAUACAAUCUUAUCAACACAUGACAUCUUCCGCAACAUUUUGUCACCUUGGCUGCCUUUGCCAUACUAAAAAUCUUAUCCAAAAGUGUAAAUGUUUAGCUAAUUAAAUCAUGAUUUGAUUUAUGAUGCUUAGGAUUCCUCCUUUUAUUUCUCCAAUUUAUUGUUUUUCCCUUUCUUUCUUUCCCCUUAUUUUGGCAACCUAAUUCCUUGUAGAGGACAGUGUCCUGACUGGUCAGUGUUCAUGCACUUGAAUGGGAUGACCUAGAACUUGGAGUAGUAGUGGAAACACCCAAAUCUAUAUUUAAAUAUAAAAUUUGUUGUCUAAUUAAUUCGGUUAUGUAUCCUGACAUCACAGGUGCAUGUACAAAUAUCGUAGCCAUCAAUCAUAGCAUUAGGGUGGGAAGCACUGCACCCUUCCAAACCAACAUAAAGAUAGGGUUUGGGCAACCCUAAUUCAGCUUUAAUUAAUCAGACCACUAAUUAAUUAAUUUUGAGAUAAAUAUAUAUAUAAGCCUAUUUCACUCAACUAUCUGUACUGUGUCCUCUUCCCUCUCCACUUGCUGGUUGACUGACGUCCUGUUCUAGGAGUUGAGAUGUCCAAUCUUUGUCAGAUGAGUGGUGAUUAGUACUGAUUACCACCAUUAGUGUCAGAUAUUGUUAAUUGAUGCAUUUCAGUUAUCAACAUCUCAAAUUUGUCUCACUAAUUGAGGCAAGAUUUCAUUACUUUUAGUUAUUAGUCAUUUUGUAUUAUUAUAAUUAAGUGUACUUGUUCUAACUAAAAUAUCUUAAUGUUAUCUUGUAUAUCUUAUCUUUAAUCUUAAUCGCUUAAAUCUUAUUACAAAUUACUUCAUUUUUUAUUUUGUAUCUUUUCUUAUAUAAAACCAAUUAUGUAAACAUUCUCCUGGAAACUAGAUAUGGUAAGUAGCUUUACUAAUUAAUUUAUCCCUUUACAAAAGUGGAGGCUAAUUUAUAUGGAGUAGCUGGCUAGCGGGGAUACAAUAUGACUUGAUCUCUUGGCACAAAGAUAUGAUUUUCAGUUGGACACCAGCCCUGUGCAGUCUGUGACAGGGAGUGAUGGCAACAAAGGGCUCUUCAAGUUGAUAAGAAUCAGGUCACCUGCAAGUAUAGUUUUCAACUUUCCAUGGGAUUCUUGGUACAAAAGGAAAAAGAAAGGAAAAAGAAACGUGGCAGAGAGAAAGGAGAAACUUUUUUUUAUCAGAUUCCUUAUUUCAAGAAUAGGCCAUUUUGAGGGUUCCCUAUCCAAUCCAUUGUGUUUCCACUUCCAGAAAAAAAGGAAUCAAGGACUGGAUCAAUCAUAUUGUUUAGUAUUAUCAGUGGCUGAUCAGGUUGGGGGGGGGGGGGGGGGGGGGUUGAAGUGGGACCCAAAGAAACUUAAGGCAUUUAACUGGAAUAAGCAAAUCAAAUGAUCAAUGAGUUCUUCCAAGUCCAACAAACUGGAUUAACUCUGAGAAGUUGUCAAAUUUUGAGAUCAAAUGUGCAUGGUUUCUUGCUUAAUUACUUGCAGAACCCUCUUUCAAGUCAUUUUCUCUCCUUUUCUCAGGCUAGAAAACACCAAAGAAAACUUCUGAUGAGGUCCACACAUCUCUUUUCACAAGCCAAGGCACAGAAUAUUACAACCCUCAUGUUGUGGGAACAAAAGUUUCCAAUUACAUGAUCAUCUGCAUCUCUCUAUCCAUCCAUCCAUCCAUAUAUAUAUAUACACACACACAUAUAUCUUGGUAUAUAUGCUGUUUGUGCAUAUAUAUCCAUCGAUCAUUAUUUAACUGUUAAUCCAUAAACAGAUAAAGUUCCAUAUGCAGAACCCACAAGACUAUGCUAAUACACACACACACACACAUAUUCUUGACUUGGUAGGACCGUACCCACGUGAACAUCACCUGCAUGCAUUAACAUGAAGUCAUGAGGUUAUAACAUCACCACCAGACCUUUGAAAACUCAAUGCCCCCCAUCUCUUUCAUUGGCCCAUCUCUAUACAAAUACAAAUACAUAUACAUGUACAUACACAUACAUAUACAUAUAUAUCAUCUCCAAGUCUCUCAAGUAUUCCAUAGCUUAAUUAAUUUGUUGCCAUGAGUUCCUUGAACUCUCCGAACCAGAAACAGUACCAUUCAGCCAAGCAAAUCAUGAAGAAGAGGCUAACACAGGAGCAAGUGAGGCUGCUAGAGACGAGCUUCGAGUCCAACAAGAAGCUGGAGCCGGAGCGCAAGCUGCAGCUGGCGCGGGAGCUGGGGAUUCCGCCGAGGCAAAUCGCCAUUUGGUACCAGAACAAGCGAGCCCGGUGGAAGACGCAGAGCCUGGAGCUGGAAUACAGCGCCCUCCAGCUCAGGCUGGAAGCCACAUUAACCGAGAAGAGGCGGCUGGAGAGAGAAGUCGAUCAUCUCAGAGGGGAGCUGGAGAAGGCGCAUAGGCUGUUGCUCGCCUUGAAGCCGCAGCCAUGCCCCCUUGGCUCUGCCUUGACUGAAGAUUUGAGCUGUUCCUGGGUGAAUGGAGAAGACGAUCAGGCCUUGCAGCUUGACGAGCUCUACGCCCGUUUCAUGUCUGCAGAUGGAUCCAACUGUGCCUGAACUGGGGGUUGACCUUCACCAUGAUUAGUCUCAGAUCUCUCGAGUUCAAUCUAUUUCUCUUUCUUUGCUUCUUUCUUUCCUUGAUAUUAAACAUUAAUUAAGCUUGUUUGCUGUCGUGGAAGCAUCUAAAAUCCUAUUGAAGUUUCUAAUGAAGUAUUUACAUCAAUCAAUCCAUUUGAUGAUUUUUCUCUCUUUUUGAUCUUUCAUUGGUGGUAAUUAAUUAAGGCAGCAGUGUGCAUUAGGUCAUUCCAUGAGUUACAUAAUAAUUCUUUUCAAUUUUGACUAUGGAAACUA